UUCCCCUAAUACUUUUGUAGCAUCGAUAAAUUAUGUUUCUUUUUUGGAGUUUUUUUUACCCCGCCCUCUGUCUGUCUGUGUUCAGUCGUUACCGCGUGUGUUGCAUUUUUUGCUGUCAUUUCGUGAAAUGACAACUACUAGAGAGGGGACCUGCUGUGCUGAGAUGGCUAUGGUAUGUCUCACAGACUUUGAGGAGUAUGCGAAGGAGCACCUCUCCAAGGCCACAUGGGACUACUACGCAGCCGGAGCAGACGAGUGCUGCACCAGGGAUGACAAUCUGCUGGCCUACAAACGGAUCCGUCUGCGGCCACGAAUUCUACGGGACGUGUCAGUGAGUGACACCAGGACCACGGUGCAGGGCACAGAGAUCAGCUUCCCUGUGGGCAUCGCCCCCACUGCCUUCCACUGCCUGGCCUGGCAUGAGGGAGAGAUGGCCACCGCCAGGGCUACGGAGGCAGUGAACACAUGUUACAUCACUAGUACCUACUCCACCUGCUCUGUGGAGGAGAUCGCAGCUGCAGCACCUAACGGCUACCGCUGGUUCCAGCUCUAUGUGUACCGGGACAGAAAGCUUUCUGAAUCAAUCAUUCACCGUGUGGAGGCCCUAGGCUACAAGGCCUUGGUCCUCACCGUCGACGUGCCCUACACCGGGAAGCGCCGCAACGAUAUACGCAACCAGUUCAAGCUCCCGCCACACCUCAAGGUCAAGAACUUUGACGGUGUCUUCCAGGAGGCUGCCGGUCCUGCGGGUGAGGAGUAUGGGGUCCCUGCCAACACUCUGGACCCCUCCAUCAGCUGGAAGGAUGUGUACUGGCUGCAGUCUCUCACCCGCCUGCCCAUCAUCAUCAAAGGCAUCCUGACGAAGGAGGACGCUGAGCUGGCCGUGGAGCAUGGCGUCCAGGGCAUCAUCGUGUCCAACCAUGGAGGACGCCAGCUGGACGGAGGGCCCGCCACAAUAGAUGCCCUGUCUGAGAUUGUGGACACAGUGCAGGGGCGGAUCGAGGUAUAUCUGGACGGGGGUGUCCGCACUGGUAGUGAUGUGCUGAAGGCUGUAGCUCUGGGAGCCAAGUGUGUGUUCAUCGGCAGGCCGGCCGUGUGGGGCCUCGCCUAUAAGGGUGAAGAGGGGUUGAAGGAGGUACUACAUAUCCUCAACGAUGAGUUCCGUCUGUCAAUGGCUCUGUCUGGGUGCAGGAACGUGGCUGAGAUCAACAGGAACCUCAUCCAGUUCUCCAAACUGUGACUUAACAGCAGGGGGCGCCAGAACCAGCUUGACGAAUAACGACGAAAGCAAUACAGCGCUAUCCAUUCAAUCAAUAGAACUUCCAAUUAAACCAGAAUUUGGGACAACAAAAGGAAACAUCUCAUGUGAAUCAUAAUGAACUGAAACUGAAUCUGACAUCAAUCAAAUAAAUCCUGAAAUCAUAAUAAAUUUGAAUAGUUUUAUCCAA